CGGACUUUCAGCUUUUAUCUGCAUCCCUGCAUAAGGCUCAUUGCUAAAUACUAUUUAGGAUUAACCGUCAGGGACCGAUACUAGCCUGUAUGCACCUGCCCACAAUGCGUUGGUAUUACGCCAGGUUCAUAAAGGCCUCGAACCCCUUCAGCUAUUUCCCCUCCGGGCCAUCCCAUAUUUGGCAUUCAUGUUCUAAGUUACCAGUACUAUGUCUCCAACGAGUGACCCACAUCUCCAUGAGACGACGCCCCUGCUUCAAGAUACGCCCGAGGACCCAAUUCAAGCCCAAGACACCGCCCUGACCGCGCUCGUCGAGCCUCGAUCGCCGAGCACCGUCUACACCCUUAUCGGCGUGGUGAGUUCAGUCGGCAUGUUGAUCGCAGGCCCUCUUCUAGCAGGCAUGUUUCAUCUGGGAAUGGUGCUAGGCGACGUCUGGGUAGGCUUGCUCUUCUUGGUUGCUGCCGGGUUCUAUGCGUUGGCGCUCGCCGGGAUAUCUGCUGUGAGGGUUGGGGCUGUGGGUAGGCAAUGAUGUGUGCGAUUAAGAGUGUCGUUGUGGACUUGCUUCGGUAGAGUU